GUUGGUUCGGUCGAGCCGUUACGUGCGGAGAGCCAUGUAGGAAAACGUGUCGGCUUCUGCACCCGUUAUGGGACCGCGCGUUUCCGAGGGCCAGCGGGAGACGGUGCUCGCUUUUAUGGAGCCGCAUCUCCAGCUGGCUUUAAGAUCCAGCGAGCUGGGGCCGGGCUUCAGCCUUGUCGACCGACGACGGCUGUGGCAGCAGCUGGCCGACGUGCUGAACGCGGAAGGGCCCUUUGUGAAAACGGUCGACCAGUGGAGGAAGCAGCAGGUCUACGAGGCCCGCCGCGAUGCUACCGCUAUAGCCCAAGAGCAAAUAAGCACUGGAGGGGGUCGCGCACCCGGCUUCCGGGGCCGAGUGCUCCAGCUGACGGGCGCGGUCCGCUUCCGUGGCGUCACCGACCUCCCCUACCAAGAGGUAAGCACACUGCCGGCGUAAUAUCAUGCGUUCCUGAACGGUGCCGACUUAGAGUUUGCCAUUAUCUGUAAGUGGUACC